GGUGUACUUAGGCCGCUCGACGCUGUGUAGUUUAAAUUUAAUGUUUUUGGUGUUAAAAAGUUCAUGACCAUGGGAGAACUCACGCUCACCAAUUUGUUCGAGUCUCAAACUAUAUUCGCCGACCACAAGGACCUCAUCCACGAUGUGGCCUACGAUUUUUACGGGGAACGAAUGGCUACUUGCUCGAGCGACCAGUAUGUGAAGGUAUGGGACUCAGAUGGUCGUGACGGCUGGAAGAUGACAGCCAGCUGGAAGGCGCACCACGGCUCGGUGUGGAAGGUCACCUGGGCGCACCCUGAGUUCGGGCAGGUCAUUGCUACAUGUUCAUUUGACCGCACUGCUGCUAUUUGGGAGGAAGUGGGUGACACCACAGCCCCUGGGUCGGAGAAAGGUCUCCGGACAUGGCUAAAGCGCUCCAACCUAGUCGACUCCAGGACCUCCGUGACAGAUGUCAAGUUUGGACCUAAGCACUUGGGCCUUUUACUAGUCACAUGCUCCGCUGAUGGCAUUAUUAGGAUAUAUGAAGCCCCCGACGUGAUGAACCUGGCGCAGUGGACGCUGCAGCAUGAGAUCCCCACGAAGGUUUCUAUUAGCUGUCUCUCCUGGAACCCCUCACUGUCAAGAGUGAACCCACCAAUGAUAGCCGUAGGUAGCGACGAGCCUAACACAGCCGCUGCCGCCGUCACCCCGGUCAACGAUAAGGGAGUGGCGUGCAACGGGAAAGUUUUCCUCUACGAAUACAGUGAAGCGUCUCGCCGCUGGACUCGAACCGACUGCCUGUCGUCAGUCCAAGAGCCUGUAAACGACAUCGCCUUCGCUCCCAACCUCGGCCGCUCAUUCCACCUCCUUGCUGUCGCUACUAAAGACGUCAGGAUUAUCAAGAUAGAACCUAUUACAGAUUCAUCGACCUCCUCAAACGGUUCAAGCGUGCGUUUCAAAACGGAAGUAAUGGCGGCGUUCGAGGAGCAUUACUCGUGCGUGUGGCGCGUCUCGUGGAACGUGACGGGCACCUUGCUGGCGUCCUCGGGUGACGACUGCAGUGUGCGCUUAUGGAAAAUGCAAUAUCUGAACCAGUGGAAGUGCGUGGCCGUGUUCAAAAACGAAACUCUACCCGGUGACAGCCCGCCCCUCUCCAGGCCGCACACCACCUACAUGCGUAUGGCCACUAUGGCCAACCCGGGCCACAUGCCCUUCCACUGACCCCACCCCACCUGGCCACAGAGUAGCACAAAGUGACCUCCGAGUGUGACCGCGGCCAGGAGUUACGCGACGGAACAGUGAUCAAUGGACAAGUUAUACUGGAUUAGUGGCGUGUUAUUUUUAAUCAAAGCAGUAAACUAAAUAAAGAAUAAUAACCUCCAUAUAAUCGUGCCUCGUGUUUGUCAAAGGCGACGCUACUAAAAACUGUCUGUUUUUGACUUCGAAUCUUAAAAUUGGAUUUGUCUGACCGCCGGCACAGGCACAAAACAUAAAACUUAAUAAAAACAUGAACCCUGAACCGAUUUGAUUUAGUAGCGCCAUCUAGUGAGCUCAAGGAAAGUGACAAGUAUAGACACGCGAGUCGAGACGUAUGGAGUUUGUCAGUCUUUUACAUACUAGCCUCUGUUUUUAAAGUUAUUUUUUUGUUUUGUAUGUGGGACGCGAACAAGUAUGAGCUCGCUUCGCUUGCAUAAAUCUUAUUAUGUAAUACAGUUUUUUUGAAAUAUGCUCUUAUUAGUGGAUUUUGCAAGAUACCUUUACCUCAUAAACAUGUAAUGGAAGUAUUGACAGUACAAUAUAUAAUUAAUUUAUACGAAAAUACCAUUCUAAGAUUUCUAAGACCACGCUUCUCGCCUAAUUAAAGAGCAGGACAAUUUUAUAAAUCGAAUAUGAAUAAAAUUAAAAUAUAUAAAUACAUGCAAUUAAUAAAAAAAAGUAAUUAAAGUAGGAUCUGCCCGACCACGCUUAACCUUUUGAACGCCAAGAACACCUAAAGGCGUCAUAACUAGUCGUGCCCACAGCGUCAUGGACAUAUAAGUGUUGCGUACGCUGUCAAAGUAACCUUCACUCUUUCACGUAAGGUUUACAUUAGCUCGCUUGGGCCCGUGACCUUGGCGUGUGAGUGACGUUUUUGUUUAUGACUUAAACUUUAAGUCUUAAAGCUUUCAAAGGGUUAACUUAACAGUCAUCGAAGAACUCAUUCAUUCUCGCGCAAAAUAAUUCAAACUAUCAAUGGCUGUUAUAGGUUGAUUUAUAAUUCAUAUUUGCUGGCGCGAAAUCUCUAUCGAACUGACAAGAUUCUCAUGUAAAAUCCGCGUCAGCUUUCGUGAAUA